AUGGCUGCAAAGAAGACGGCACCCACAGAUGAUGAGCUGCUGGCUCAGCUUGACGAUCUGAGCACACAGGCCUCGACGCGUGCCCCGAAGCCGUCAACGCGAACUGCCCGACAAGGGCAACCGGCCCAGUCGUCACAAAAUGAACAAGACCUCCUCGCUGAACUGGGAAACUUAGCCCAGCGACCAAGUAGCCGACCAGCCACCCCUUCUCUGAGACCAAAUGUCCCGUCAGCUGCGGGCAGCAGAUCCCCAAAACGAACCUCAACAGCCACCCCUCCUCCUGGCCGGACCAGCGAAGAGAAGUCGAGCAGCGGUCAGCGCAAGUCGGGUGAUAGUACACGUUCGUUCCAUCAAAGCUUUACACCAGCAACCACAACAACUGAAGAAUCCGCAGAAAAUGAACCACAACCUGAGCCGGCCCCAGCACCAGCCAAAAGCGGCGGUGGGUGGUGGGGUGGACUGCUCUCGACUGCCUCUGCCGCUGUCAGUCAGGCCCAGGCGGCUGUGAAGGAGAUUCAAAAGAAUGAAGAAGCCCAAAAAUGGGCCGAGCAGUUACGAGGCAAUGUCGGCGUGCUCAAAGGGUUUGGCGGCGACCUCAGAAACAUAGCCAUGCCAACAUUUCAAAACAUCCUGCAGACCAUUGCUCCUCCUAUCUCCUCCCACGAACGACUGCAGAUCCAUAUUACUCACGACCUGUCCAACUAUCCCACUCUUGACCCCCUCAUCUACCAAGUCUUUAGCCGUGUUAUGGCACAAGUCGAGGGUGGAGACUUGAUGGUCGUCCAAAGAGGGCACGAAGCUGGACCGAAGAGAGAUUCGAGAGAGAUAUCGCGACCAUUAGGGUCCUGGCAUGACGGACCCUGGUGGAGGAGUGGAGAGCGUCGAAGUAUCAACGCGGUCAAAGGCAUCAUUGAAGGCACCAAGCUUGCUCGGGCUUCUGCUGAGAGCUACUCUGAAGAGUACUUUGCGACCAAAGGGGGGGUUGAAGAGGCCGCCAAACGAGCAACAGAAACGCUUUCCACCUCCAACCCAACUAGAGACAGCGAAAUUUUCCUUGCGAUUCAGGCAAUCACACAGCCUGUGCCGAAAGACAUGUUCGCCGCAGCGCCGAGUUCGGAAAAGGACGGGCAAGUGAAAGAAGCGAAGGAGGAGAACAUCACUGAGGAAGUCAUGUUCGCUGUCUACUUGCACGAUCCUAUUCACGGGAUUGCCUUCCAAGCGGUCUCUCAAGCCAUUCCCGGCCAAUGGAUCGAGUGGCUGGAUGCUCCCAGCGGCGGAGAAGGCACCUUGCCCGAGAGCAUUGAGGAGAUCAUUUCAAGUGGCGGAAUCGAUCCCAGAGAAUGGGUGAGCGAAUGGGUCGAAGAAGCACUGAGUCUGGCGGUUGGCGUGUUGGCACAGAGAUAUGUUGCGCGAAGAAUGGGUGUAGGUGAAGGUGGACCGGGGAAAGGCAAACUCAGAGCCGACUUGGGCCAGCAGGCCAUGGUUGAGAGCGGUGGUGGCGAAGCUGCUCGGGCGCUGGGAGGCAUGUGA